UGGAAGCGGGGCAGCGGUGAGGGAGAUCUAGGAGCUAACGGCUAACAGCUAGGAGCUAAAAGCUGACACCGAGACGUUAUUGCACUUUGCUAGUUUUAACAUGCAAUUAAAAAACUCAUUUCUUUUAUUUUGCGCUGGAAAAUAAACGGAAACAGUUUUGUUUUCUUUCUUCUUUUCUAAUUCAGUGAAUAACGUUGAAUAAAGUUUCCGGAGAAAUAUAUUUUCGAUAUAUAUAUUUUUUAUUAUUUCUUGCGGGUUUUUGUCUGUACGGUGUUCGGACAUUUCUACAAAAUCAUGACGAAAAAAAAAUCUACUUUUGGAUUCUAACUUCAACAAACUCUCCUAAAGCUAGCCACACCGUUUCGUUUCCACGGCAACGGAGCGCGCGCCGGGCGGAUGUGUGCGCGCCGCCAUUUUGCUCACAGGUGCAGCUGUUAAAAAAAAAAACAAACAAACAAACAAACAACAACAAAACAAAAACCCCGAAAAGCUCGUGUGAGGAUUUUGAAUGCCUUUGCGGGGAGUUUGCUGGUGGCUGUGCUGCACGCGAGGCUUCCGUUUGUUGGGGCGCGAGCAUGGAGGCAGAGAAGAGGAAGAGGAGGAAGAGGAGGAGGAAGAGUCCUUCGAGUUGCGCAACAAGGAGGAGCGCACGCGCCGCGAGCCGGGCCAACUGGAAGUGACUCUCUCUCAGCCGCCUCGAUCAGCCAAUGGCACGCCCAGCCUGUCAGGUGUAUCGGAGGAUAAACUGAUAAACGAGGGGAAAGUGAAGAUGGAGGAAGACCUGGAGGUCCUGGUUAAGGGCUGGCUGCUGCGUGAGGUGCAGGCCGGUUGGAUCCGAUACAGGAGGUUCUGGUUCACACUGACCCCAGACUCUCUGGAGUGUUACAGUGGCCCUGAAAAGGACGCUCGCACCGUGGGCAUGCUCGUCCUUACCUCGCUCUGCUCAGUCCUCUGGCCAGACAAACACACCUACAAACAGACAGGUUACUGGAGCUUGACUGUGUUUGGGCGGAAACACUGCUACAAGCUCUUCACCAAACACUUUAACGAGGCGGUGCACUGGGCGUGUGCAGUACAGAAGGUCAUCGAUAGCAAAGCGCCAGUGGAGACGCCAACGCAGCUCCUCAUCCGUGACAUAGAGGAGAACAAGUUUAACCCUGAAGUAGUAGAACACAUCUAUCAACACAACCCCAUCUUGAUGUACACACAGAGUCCUCUCUACGCUCCUCUUCUGCCUUUUCCCUAUGGCAGCCUGGACCACUUGCAUCUAGGUGAUAAAGGCUACGUGUCUGUUCGAGAGGAAGCCGUCAGACUCUUUAACUGCGUGCAGCAGCUGGAGUCGGAGCGAGAGCCCAUCCCUCUGAUCCAGGGCAUCUUGCAAACCUGCCUCGACCUCCGACCCCUGAGGGACGAACUCUACUGCCAGCUCAUCAAACAGACCAGCAUCACGCACACUCGUUCACACACGGCCCCGCAGACGCAGAGCGGUGUCCGGCUGCACUACUGGCAGCUGCUGACCUGCGCCAGCUGCACCUUCCUGCCCAGCAGCCCCGUGCUCCGAUAUCUGCGCUUCCACCUGAAGAGGGUGCAGAGUGUGUGUGUGGACUCCGAGGUGGAGAGCUACGCCUCGUUCAUCGCCCAGGCUGUGGAGAAAACACGAUGCCGUGAGUGUGUGCCAUCCUGGGAGGAGAUCCAGGGCCUGAUGUCCAGACAGGAGAUGGUGUGUACCGUCCACUACCCAGGACCAGGCUGCUGCAGGAUCCCCAUCAGCUCACACACUACUGCUAAUGAAGUGGUGAGGAAGGUGGCAGAGCGUCUCGGCCUGCAGCACAGCCACAACACCUUCGCUCUCUUCGAGCAGAAAGACUCCUGGGAGCGGGCGAUCGGGGGCAGCACCAUCAUCGCUGAUGUCAUCACCAGGUUUGAAAAUCUGUCCGUGAAGGAAUCAGACACGGAGAGUCAGUGGAGGCUGUGCUUCAAACUCUACUGCCUUCUGGACACCGACAGCAUCAGUACAGACAGCAUCGAGUAUCUGUUCCUCUACGAGCAGUGCCAUGAGAUGGUGGUACGAGGUCAACUCCCCGUGUGUGAGGAGGACCUGCUGUCUCUGGCUGCUCUCAGACUGCAGGCUCUGCUCGGUGAUUACGGAUCGUUGGCGCCGUAUCCGGCGCUCGAGCAGCUGUACCCUGUGCGGGCUUUAGGGAACCGGGCGUCGCUGCCUCCUGCCGAGGCUCCCGGGUGUCCUCCGUUCCCCGCCGGACUCCUAGGAGCGUUGUGGGGUCAGAAGAGGCGUGACGGUCAGGAGCAGAGACAGCGCGCCAGGUUGCGAGACGAGGCCACUGUUCUGUCGACCAGCAUCAUGGAGCGGUGGAAGUCUUUGUCUGGGUACAGCCGCACAGACAGCAUGGCCGCUUACCUCGCCAUCGCACGCCAGUGGCCAGGAUUCGGGUGUACGCUCUACGAAGUGGACUUCUACAUGAGUUCGAGCGGGAGUUUCUCACAGCGUCUGUUGUUGGGCGUAGCCGCAUCCUGCGUGUCCCUGUACCGGCCAGGCGAGGCCGAGGCCCUCGAGUCGCUCCCCAUCACACAGAUCUGCUCGUACGGCAUCUCCGACAGCAACACCUUCACCAUCACUGCCACCGACCGACACCUGCUGUUUCACACCUCCGAGCUGACUGAGAUCAUGCAGCUGAUGAAUGCCUACUUCAGUGCCACCCGACGCCAGCUGGCCAAGGACGACUGCAUCACCAUGGAAACUGGCUCCAAGCUCCGCCCCUCCCUGCUGGAACUGCCCUCUCACCCGGUUUGAAGAGACAUGCAGCUGAUUCUAAAGUGGCCCCCAUCCGAUCGCUCCGCCCACCCUGUCCAAGAAACGGACACUUGAUCCGUCCUGAGACGAGAGAGAGAGAGAGAGAGAAGGACGGGAUGGACGACUGCCAAAGAUCCCAGAAUUCUGAACACGCUCCUGGCUUGGCUGCUGAAAAGCCUGAGAGAAACCCUGACUACAGGAAGGACACACACACACUGCGAGACACAAACACGUCCCUUUUGGACGUUUUACGGACGUUUCCUAACGACAAAGAACUUAAUGCUCCCUACUUCGUACUCCUUACAAACUCCAGAGCGCGUUACGGGAUUUACAGACACUUGCCCCGGUGCAUUAUGGGAUUUCAAAACUGCACUUCAACUCGUACAACGACGAGUGCACUAUAUAGUGGCUAAGUUGCGAUUUGUGACACGCAGCUAGUGUAUGUGUGGGUGUACGUUUAAACCAAAGCGUCUCUUUUUGUUCAGUUUCCUUUUUUUUUUCUUCUUUUUUCUCCUCCCAAAAAAACACCUACAGUAUGUUAAACACAGACAGAGAGUUUUGGACCUGGGAAGUGUGAUUUCUGAAGCUCUGUCUUCAAGAUACGCAGAAAUUUCCCACACAGCAUUUGUUUGCUGUCUGACGUUUGUUCAAAACCAACAAACACACACACACACACACACACACAAAAACAACCCAGGCCUCAUUACACAAGUCAAAUGAAGGCUGAUUUCAGGCAUAUGUAGGAUUUCUGUAAGAGUAACAGCUCACGCCAUGCAGCACAUAACCGUACCUAAAUAAUCGUAGCAUCCGCUGAGUUUAUCAUCGUCAUUUUGCUUUUUAUAAUAUGUAUAAAUGUUUGUUGUUGUUUUUUUUUAAUUUAUGGACGUCUAUCUGUACGUUUUUUUUUUUUUUAUCACUUGUUUUUUCUAUCUUCUUAAGCAGAAGUGUAUAAGUGUAUUUUAUUCCUUAAUUAAUCACACAGGGCCUGGGAAGAAUCAGUCCCUGACGUAUACAUCUCGUAUAUUGCUGUAAAAACCCGUAUCCACACGGCUACCCAAAAAACAAACAAACAAAUAAACAAAUAAAUAAAAAGGCAACACGCAACCAGAUCGCAAAAGAAAACGCCUCCAUCAGCAUUUAUUUCCGCACGGACCAAAUGUCUCGAGGGGAUCAGAAGAGUUUGUUUGUCUUUUGUUCUGAAAUAACCACCGAACUCACUCGUCUGCACACUCGACCGUUCAGCUGUGCCUCAGAGAGACUUGCCACUUGUGCCUGUAACAGAAAAAGAGAAAAAAGCCUAAAAGUCUGAAUCCAUUCGCAAGAACUACUUUCUUUUUCUUUUCAAAAGAUAGAAUAAACGAAGGGGGGCACGGUGGCUUAGUGGUUAGCACGUUCGCCUCACACCUCCAGGGUUGGGGGUUCGAUUCCCACCUCCACCUUGUGUGUGUGGAGUUUGCAUGUUCUCCCCGUGCCUCGGGGGUUUCCUCCGGGUACUCCGGUUUCCUCCCCCGGUCCAAAGACAUGAGUGGUAGGUUGAUUGGCAUCUCUGGAAAAUUGUCCGUAGUGUGUGAUUGUGUGAGUGAAUGAGACUGUGUGUGCCCUGCGAUGGGUUGGCACUCCGUCCAGGGUGUAUCCUGCCUUGAUGCCUGAUGACGCCUGAGAUAGGCACAGGCUCCCCGUGACCCGAGUGAGUGAGUGAGUGAGUGAGUGAGUGAGUAUAAACAACACAUUCGUUCACAUGAUCAGACCGAAACGAGUCACGUCAAGUACCAUCAGAACCACCCGGUGCCAUAAGUGUUCAUAACAUUCACCAAAAAAACCUAACAAAACAAAUCUAGUGUUACAAUUAAUACCAAAGUACACUUUGAUAUUGUCGAUCAUUUCUUGUGUGUAAUAAGUGGCACUUACUAUUAUUACACACAAUUAUCACCGUGAUAUUUAGAAAUCCUACACAAUCCUUGUUUAUCAGACAGAUUAAAAACAGUUCUUGUUGUCAGGUUUUUGUUUGUUUUUUUAUAUAUAUAUUACAUGUAGAAACGUCGUUUCCUUUCCCAUUACGCCACACACCUAAAUCCAGCAGCGUCGCCGCCGUCCACGCGUCACUCAAGUAGCUGCAGGCAGCUCCGCCCACCGUCUUAAUGCUUCACGUCGCGUAUGCUAACACAGAGCGUGUUGAGUCAGGAUGCUGCACGGUACUGCGCCGUGUUGCGCGUCUGUAGCCAGUUGCACUAUUGUCUGUACAGCUAACGUGAAUGUGCAAUAAUAAAGAAUGAUGGUAGAUACUGUAUGUGAUUAAAUAAUAAAGGCAGCACCGUUGGACCAUC